GUUCACAAUUUAAAAGAAAUGGAUAUAUUUUGGUUGGUGAUUUUCUCGCUUUCUCUGCUUUGCCUUCAUGGCCAUUCCGAAGCAAUUUUGCAUGAAGAACCCGACUUUGAAUGCGUUGAUAUCUACAAACAACCGGCUUUUCGUCAUCCACUCUUGAAGAACCACAAAAUUCAGAUGAAAGCAAUGACAAGGAUGAUGAAGAGAAUGGGUAUCGACACAAAAGCCGAUAAAGAAAAAAACCAAACGGGUGUUUUUGGGACAUCGAGAGAUCUCUGUCCCGAUGGACAAGUACCGAUCCAUAAACAAAAAACACAAAAUCAGACUUAUCACAUGGAAUCCAAAGAUUUUCCGGGCCAAUAUUUUGCGGCGCUUGAAACGAUAGAGGUUCACAGAGUUUUCAGAGGAGCAAGCGCCGUCAUGAGCAUACACGCGCCGCACGUGGAAAAUAACCAAUACAGCAGAGCUUCUAUAUGGGUCGAAAAUGGACCCGCCGACCAACGAAACAGCAUCCAAUUUGGUUGGGCCGCUCAUUCAAGGAUAUACCCAGACGCUCGCCCGAGAUUGACCGUCUUCUGGACGGCGGAUGGUUAUAAGAGGACCGGAUGUUACAACACGUUAUGCCCCGGUUACGUUCAAGUGGAUAAAGAGUAUUAUGUCGGAAUGGAAGUCCUCCCCAAGGACAGCAAUGGCGGUCCAGACUCCUUAUUGAAAGUCUCUAUUGUACAGAAUACCUACUUGGAUGGGCGUUGGAUGCUGAUGGUUCAGGAUAAGGCCAUUGGUUACUGGCCGAAGGAAGUGUUUCCACAUUUAAGCCAGGGAGCCACGUUCCUAAGAUAUGGUGGAAAUACAUUUGAAUCGCCCGACCACAUCCUCCCGACCAUGGGGAACGGUUUAUUUCCGUCGGAUACGGCUCCGUACUACAUGACGAGCGCCUUCUUCACUCACUGCAAAUUGGCACUCGAGAACUCCCGAGGGCUGGUCUUCAUGAAAGAUAUAAACAGCGCCAUCAUGAAAGUUGUCGUUGACGACAACUGUUACAGAGUCAACUAUUUCCAAGACGAGAUCAGUGAUUUGGGCCAAAUGUUUGGGUACGGUGGGCAUUGCAUCCCCAGCUCAUGAAUCCCGAAUUUGUAUCGUGUUUGGUGAUCUCGGUCUUUUUUUUUUUUUUUUUUUGGUAAACGGUAAAUUCUAUUAAAUACAACUGCCCAGAUACAACGAAGAGAGUUUAAGUUACAUCAGCCUAAUGAGCCAAAAGUUCAGGAACCAAACAUCAUAAAGGAUCGAAGUUACGGAACCAAAAAGACAUGAUCUCGGUCUUUUUAUUUUGUUUCAAAAUAUUUGUCGUUUUAGAUUAUUUUCCAUUAUU